GAAAGUAAAUAAUAACAAGACCAAGACAUUUCCAAUUUUUACCAGAGUUAACUAGUGAACCAAAGGGGAGAAAAUAUUGUUAUAAAACAAUGCCAGUCUUGAAUGAAAUAAGACCUAUUUACCUUUCUAAAUUUUUACCAACAAUUGCAAAAAGAUUUCGUUUCAUACAGAAAAGAAACUGCUAUAGCAUUUUUGGGAUUAAGGAUUUAGUCCAACACGAAAAACAGCCUGAUUCGUUCUCCAUCGUACCAGUGCAAAGCUCCAACCAUGAGACGGCAAUCAGAAUGGCGAAGCGCUAUUUCCUCACCGAGCAUGUUUUCGUGCGUGCUCGACACAUGGACCUGAACAAUGAUCGCGCUAUCGACGAAUACAUUAUUGGUCUUCUUAAACAGGGCAAUUCACUGUUCGCAAAAACAGCAGACGGUACGGUUGCGGGUUUCUGUAUUAACUUUGCUGCCAGUCCAGUCGAUCCACAAAAUCUUCGCAACUAUGCAUAUUAUAGACAGGAUCCUAAUACGAAAGACUUUUUAUAUUUCACGGCAAAGUUGCAAGAAACCCCACAUCUUUGGAAUAUUUUCAAGGAAGAUAAAGUUUUUGAGAUAAAAAUGUUAGCCGUGUUACCGGAGUACCGAAGACAAGGUUUGGCCACCAUGCUUGCUCAGAAAUCCAAAGAGCAAGCCAAGGAUCAGGGAUACAAAAUCGUGCGCAUGGACUGCAUUAACCCUUAUGACCACAAAAUAGCUGAACGAUGUAUGCUGUCCUGCCUAGUAAAAUUUCCUGUACACAAGUUGCGUGGUACAAACGCACCUUUCAUCAAGAAGAGUUCUGACCACAACACAUGCUUGCGGGUGUUCGUGGAGGCGCCAGUGAAGCAAGACGCGCCUAAUAUGAAGCAGAUUGAUUUUGAAAGCAUGUUUGAAUGAAGUAUUUUCGUUAUGAAACAUUGUUAUUGUUAUAUUUGUAAUUUUUAUUGUGUUAAAUUAAUAAAAAUGUUGUUUUAAACUGA